AUGUCAUCCGGUCAAGCAAGGAAGAAAUCUGCUGCCCGAGAUCGUGUGAGUGUCUUCUUGUUUGAACCAGGAGUUUUGUCAGUCGUGCGUGUCACUGGAGUGUUUUUGUCAGCGUUACCACCCAUCGACUUCUUCUUCUUCUUCGUCUUGCCGGACUUCUGUGCUGAUGCCAUAUCGGAGGACGCGGGAGACUUGAGGACAGGCUCGGUAGAGGCUAGGGCACAGCUUAAACAAAGACGUCAGCUUCCACCCACCCCGCCAGCAGACGACGAAGACACGCCACGCCUCCAGCGGCCGACAGUACCCCAGAGGACGGUCAUCAACGUGACGCCCGCAGAGAAGGACCAAGGAGUGUCCUAUGCGGAGCUAAGGUACGACAUCCCCGGCCACACUGUGAAGACCGUUGACACGGAGCCGGACUCGCACUACGACAAACCCCUGCCUGGCGUGCACCCCCUCAUCAACACCUCCCCCACGUCGGAGGGCAUCUCCAAACACCCGCCGUCACCUGAGGGAGGAACUAUUUUCUCCGUGACAGGAAACGCUCCCCCCCAGUUACAUCGACUUCCAAGUGAAUAUGCCUGCCCACCUGCCCAUAUGCCCAGGGCCAAACAGCCAGCUCCUGUUCAGUCACAUGGAGAUGUGAAUGAUAUUCCCCUGCCCGCUCGGCGCGAGGGACUGCGAGAGAACCAGGACCUAAACAAGGAGAACAAUGGAACGAUUGUGGGCAGUUUAAAUGAGGAGCACGUCACCAUACUCGUAGACCGGGGCUACGAUCGCCUCAAAGCAGUGGAGGCCUUGAGAGUGUCGCACAACAACCUCAAAAUGGCCGAGGACAUUCUGGAUACGUUUGUUAAAAACAAUCGAUGAAAAAAAGUAGGGAGUGUGAUGAUUCUACCAACCACCAGGGGGCACUGUCGCCACGUUUGAUACGCCUGGACUGAUUGUAUUGAGAAGAGACGUGGGCAGAGUGCCAUGUGACUUGAGACUGUUCUGCUGUAGACGUGUCGUAAUCAAAUAAUUUAUACUCACUCUACAAUCAAAGUGAGGCUGCCUCGGUCUGGUCCUACCCCUCGCAGGUUCCUGGGGUCGUGUGGCGGAGAGUCACUUAUGCUUUUAGUACGUUAGUAUUUAUGUCCGUAUAUCCCAUGAGGCUGUGACUCUAUUCAUUUCAGCCGCACCAAGAGAGGAGACUUUUCUACUUUGUUUCUGUCACUGUAACAUUGGGACACGCCCACAAGUUACGUUUUUGUCACUGUAACAUUGGGACACACCCACAAGUUCCGUUUUUGUCACUGUAACCUUGGGGCACGCCCACAAGUUACAUGUUUCUGUCACUGUAACAUUGGGACACGCCCACAAGUUACAUGUUUCUGUCACUGUAACAUUGGGACACGCCCACAAGUUACAUGUUUCUGUCACUGUAACAUUGGGACACGCCCACAAGUUACAUGUUUUUGUCACUGUAACCUUGGGACAGGCCCACAAGUUACAUGUUUCUGUCACUGUAACAUUGGGACACGCCCACAAAUUGCCUAUUUCUGUCGCUGUAAUGUUGGGACAAGUAUGCCAUUCUUCAAGAGCUGGUUUUUCUCUUUGAAUUGCAUAUCCACACGCCAGAUGCACCUUUUGAUAAACAUGCCCUGGCCACUUGUACAAAGCAUGUUGUUCGUCAAGCUGACACUCUGUUUACCAUUUAGCCUGGUCAACAUACUUGUAGGUGGGCAUCUAGAUAAUACCUUUCAUGAUAGAUGUGUUCAUGAAGAUUUACUAAACUGUUCAUGAUAUUGGUACGAAGAUAAUCCUGACAAUUAACUUGACAGCUGAAUAUCUUGAUUAUUCAUGAAGAACAGCUUCACAGGUGAAUAUCUCAGUGUCAAUAAUGAUAAAUACGGUAACUAUUACUGUAGGCGAACUUCUAGAUAAUCUUUCAUUAAGAAUGUGUUCAUUAUAGCUGGUUAUGCCUCUAUUAAGAAUCUUGCUUUUCCAUUGGUUAUUCCGUACCACGUGACAAAAAAAUACGUUUCAAUGUUGACCCCCAAAUCACGUGACUGACACUGACCUCAAACAUUGA